UUUAUGUUUACAACACAACAAGAAUGGAUUCUGGGGUCUAUACAGCUUUAUGGAAAGAGAAAGAUGUAGAUCACAAAAAAGAUGUACCUUGGCAAAAAGGUCAAAGGAUUUUGUAUCAUAGAAAGCGAGACACAGAAAGAAGAGAGGUAACGGAGGUGUUGUUGAGGCAGUAUGGUAACGACAUGCGAAUACGUGUGACUACAAAUCAUCCACCGUCAGAUGUCACAUGGUUUAAAGACGGAAAGAAAAUAGAAUGUUCUGAGAAUCUAAACAAAUACUUCGCAGUUGUAGGAAAGGACGAGGAUGAUAAACAUUUCUUUCUUUACAUUUUCGAAUCAGAACUGGAUGAUUCUGGUUCCUACAAAGCUUCAUGGACAGAAGUUGAAAAUGGUAUUACGUUAAAAUGUGAAAGCUCCGAGGCCAGAAUUCGCUUAGAGGAACUUACACUCACUGGACCAAACAUCAAAGUUGAAAAAGACAAGACCAUAUCACAAAGAGUUGACAAAAUGAAAAACAUAAUUUUCCCCAUUUUCCCCAAAGACAGAACGUAUCAUCUUGUGAUUACAAAGUGUAAAGCCUCCACAAAAAAUUGUACACUCGACACAUUCGGCAAUUUGGAAGAUGACGAUAUCCUACGUCUUUUGCUGUUUGGUGUUCUUUUAAGUGAAGGACAAAGGAUAAAAUGGAAUAACGAAGCAAACAUGAAAUUAUUGGAUGACAUAAGGAAACUGAUGAAGCACAGGGAACGAAUAUCAAUCACUGAUUAUAAGGCAGUCGCUAGUAAAUUAUCAGGCUCAAGUGUACAAGUUGAUGAUGAAGGAAUAUCUUUUAUGAAGGAAGAUAUGGAAAUGCAAACAAUGUGGGCUCUUAUGCAAAAUCACAAUACAAAAGGAACUAUUACUUGGUUGUUUGAGCAACAGAAAAGAGACGUUGUUCUGAAAUAUUUAAGAACACCUGAUUAUGAAAUGCUAAAAGAUGAGACCUGCGUUGUCCUUCCCGACAUGUUAUGUGACGACUUCAGGGAAUUUCUCAUUCAGCAAUACAUACAAGAAUAUGGUGUAGGACAGAUGUGUGAAGAGCACAGAUUGGAGCUCCUGGAAAUGAAAAAAGAAGGAUAUGUAUUCAGACAAAAACAAAGUACUCUUUCACAGUGCGUUGUUUAUUACACGUUUUUUGCUGGAGACAAAGCGCCUGAUUGUUUAAGGAAGUAUUUCAGAUCUUCUGGAUAUGAGUUUAAGGAAACUGAACUGUGUAUUUGCCUCCCAUUAGAGUAUAAUACAGAUCUAAUCAAAAGAAUGGAUAUAGAUAUUCUAACUCAUAAAACUAUGAGUGAUACAAGAAUCCACGCAGAUAUUAGCAACAUGUUGCAUAUCCCGGAGGAAGUUAUGUCAUGGAACCUUGAUCAAAGGCAAAGAUUUGUUAAACAUUUUAAAGAUGGUAACAUUGAAAUGUACCGAGCUCGUGGAAUGAUAGUUGGGUGUGCGGGGGCAGGAAAGACAACUCUUCUCAGACGUUUACAACGCCGAGACAGGAACGACCUUCAGAAAGAGACGAAAACAACCAUAGGUCUUGAAGUUCAUGACAAUAUAUUUCUGAUUGACUCAGAUACACUUGAAGAUUACAUUGCUGAUGAUGACCAGCAUCAACACCACAAGGAAAACCCUCCCGUCAAUUUGCACGUGGACAGGAAGCUAUUAAGUAUGACGGACUUUGCUGGACAAGUGGCCUACUAUGCUUGUCAUCAGAUUUACCUUUCUAGGAGAGCCUUUUACAUACUGGUCGUCGACAUGUCCAAGGACUUAAAGGAUGUUGCUUACCAAAAAGAUCGCCAUGACCCUAUGGGAUCUUUGUUUGAAAACUGGACAUACGAAGAUUAUUUUGUGUUUUGGCUUCGGUCAAUUAAAACGUACUGUGACGACGAGAAGAUGGAAGAGAAAUACGGCGAUAAGGCUGAACCCAAUCCAGUCAUCCUCAUUGCGUCCCAUCACGACCGUCUGAAGGUGAAACUAAAUGUUUACAAACCUCAGUUUUGUAGUUAA